ACAACCUCUGCACUAUAUAGUUCGCGUGCCUCAUGAUCAAGUCAGAAGUUGUAAACUGUCACGAGAGGUGUAGUAAACAAAUCACCGUGAAUUAGCGAAGGAAACGUUUCUAAAAUGCCUGUAAAAGCUGUCUGCGUGCUUAGGGGCGAAACUAUUAAAGGAACUAUCAAUUUUCUUCAGGAGAGUCCUGAAAGUGAAUGUAUGAUCACAGGAUCUGUUGAUGGCUUAUCGGAAGGACUACAUGGCUUUCAUAUUCAUCAAUUUGGUGAUUACACCAAUGGAUGCACAAGUGCAGGGGGUCAUUUCAAUCCUUUCCAAAAGAACCACGGAGGUCCUGCUGAUAGUGAAAGACAUGUUGGUGAUCUUGGCAAUAUUGAUGCUGACGGAAAUGGUUUGGCAAAAAUAGAUAUUAAAGAUAGACUUGUUACAUUAUGUGGUGAACAUUCGGUCAUAGGACGCUCAAUUGUGGUCCACGCAGGUACAGAUGAUUUAGGUAAGGGUGGACAUGACGAUAGUUUGAAGACUGGCCAUGCAGGUGGUCGCCUUGGCUGUGGCGUUAUUGGAAUUUCAAAAUGACUUAUAGCUUAUGCACUUUGCUUACUAUGCUUUGCCACAACGAAGAACAUUGGCCCUUCUUCGUUUCUAGCAUUUCAAUUUAUAUUCAAUGUUCUGUUUAAAUUGCUAAAUUGCUAUGUGUGCUUUCAAUUAAUCUCCGCUUUUAAUAAAAAAAUUUUGCUGAA